UCCGCAGCUUUUCCAGCAAGCGGAUUAUUUUCGGGAGUCAUUGUCUCAAUAAGUGCAUUAUUCCCUCCUUUCUUGACAAAACUGCUACCGUGGGAAGAUUGGAGGAGACGCAGGAAAAGCGGAGAGGCAGACGAGUGCUGUCUGGCCUAGGAACUGUCGUGCUGGGGUCUAUGCGUUUCCCGCCGGGCCAGUGAUGCUGCGGGACCGGCCUGGGAGCCUGGAAAUAGGACUGUCCUGCUAGUGGGGGAACAUGUCGAGUUUCUCCAGGGCGCCCCAGCAAUGGGCUACUUUUGCUCGAGUUUGGUAUCUCUUAGAUGGGAAAAUGCAGCCUCCUGGCAAACUUGCUGCUAUGGCAUCAAUUAAACUUCAAGGAUUGCAUAAACCUGUGUACCAUCAACUGAGUGACUGCGGGGAUCAUGUUGUCAUAAUGAACACAAGGCACAUUGCAUUUUCUGGAAACAAAUGGGAACAAAAAGUGUAUUCCUCACAUACUGGCUACCCAGGUGGAUUUAAACAAGUAACAGCUGCUCAACUUCACCUGAAGGAUCCAGUGGCAAUUGUAAAACUGGCUAUUUAUGGCAUGCUGCCAAAAAACCUUCACAGAAGAACCAUGAUGCAGAGGUUGCAUCUUUUCCCAGAUGAGCACCUAGCACAAUUUCUGGUUCAUGGAAGGAGUUCAAUAAAUGUUUGUUGGCUAAAUGACUCAAAGAUCCAUCAGAUUUUCAUUUUUGAUAUACCGGAAGAUAUUCUUAAGAAUUUAGUGGAAGAGCUUCCUCAACCACGGAAAGUGCCCAGACGUCUAGAUGAGUAUACACAAGAAGAAAUAGAGGCUUUCCCAAGAGUGUGGUCUCCACCUGAAGAUUAUCGGCUAUAAGAGAAUGAAAAUUACAGAAAAUAACAACAAAGUGAUUGAAACUUCUUCCUGAUGAAUUUCUCCUAACCUACAGGGCAGAGUGAACCAAGGACUGCAUUUUGACAAAGUUGUUAUGAGUACUGGAAGUUUGUGGAGAAAGGUCAGGAAAGGAUAUUCCUUCAACAGGAAAUUGCAGUAAAAUAUUUUAUAGAAUUGUUUUAUUAUGUAAUCUGAUUUGAAUGUUAUAAAUGAUGAUAAGAAUAAAAUGGCUUACUUGGUUGACUAUUC